AGGGAGUGACUUUGAAUACUAGACCAUUAUGAUAAAAAUUGAUUUAGCUCUACAUUAGGUUAUGGGCUCAACUUCACAUGCUCCUGUGGUACUGCAAUAAUUUAUUGUGAAAUAGUUCUUAAUAAGCUUCAUUCAGAUGACAAAUACCAUUCAGAAGAAGUUCAAGGUUUCUUCAACACAACUUUUGUAUCAAACAUGUCCUUAUCAAGCAAUGACUCUAUUUGUCUCCGGUCCAUUUCUGGACAAGUUUUUGACAAACCAAAAUGUAUUUGCUUUCCAAUACACCCCGCAAGUGCUGGGAUUUAUUGUUUUGUCCUGCUUGAUAUCUAUAUCUGUUAAUUUUAGCACCUUCCUUGUGAUUGGAAAGACAUCGCCGGUCACCUACCAGGUUCUCGGGCAUCUGAAAACAUGUCUAGUAUUGGCGUUUGGUUAUGUCCUACUUCGUGAUCCGUUUAACUGGAGGAAUAUUCUUGGGAUCCUGAUUGCUAUGUUCGGGAUGGUUCUCUAUUCAUAUUACUGCACUCUUGAGGGCCAGAGAAAGGCUACAGAACCCUCACCACAACAACUUCAGCCAAAGGAAGGUGAAACAAUUCCUCUAGUACACUUGGAAAAUGGCAGUGCCCGUCACAAAUGAUGUGAAUAUCUGCACACCGUCUUUGAAAAGUUGAGCAGAUGAGUAAAGCUACGACGGUCUAAAUUCUUGCGCAACUACAUGAACAUAUGGUUUAAGGCUUCGCUAUAUGCGAAAUUUGAUAGGGAGAAAGUUGUUUCAUUGAUCGAGGUAAUGAGUACCCAAAGGAACAACUUUUUGUUUUUUAAGUUAGAACAUUUGGCAUCACGAUGCAAAUGCUUAUGAGUUUUUUUUUUAUUUCCGUAAGGUACGAUAAGCUUAGCUUGUUUGAGCUAUGUGUCCGUUCUCCAUUGAGGAAAGGUUUUAAUUCAUAAGUGAAAUAUUGUGUUUUAUCAUUAAUUGUCGAAAAGGGUUUAAUUUUCCAUUGCAAUCUCUUUUACAACAUUCUUCUUAGACGCGUUUUUGUCAUUGUUA